AAGUGCUUGUGUUAACGUAUGUGUUAAAAAAAAGAUGGCAGCAGCUGAUCGGUAUCCCCGAAACUCCAUAGAGGAUGACUUCAACUAUGGCACCAACGUGGCCUCGUCCAGUGUUCACAUCCGCAUGGCUUUCCUGCGUAAAGUUUAUAGUAUUCUCUUAGUCCAAGUUCUUUUGACUGCUGCAACAUCGGCAGUAUUUCUCUAUUUUGAAUCUAUCCGGAACUUUGUACAUCAAAGCCCAGCACUGCUUCUUAUAUCUGCAUUAGGGUCAUUGGGUACAAUAGUUGCGCUGACAAUCUACAGACAUCAAUAUCCAGUGAACCUCUACUUACUUUUUGGAUUUACUCUCUUGGAAGCUAUAACAGUUGGUAUUGCAGUGACAUUUUAUGAAGUGUCUGUGGUUAUUCAAGCCUUCUUACUGACCGCAGCGGUGUUCUUUGGACUGACCGUGUACACUUUCCAGUCUAAGAGAGACUUCAGCAAACUUGGAGCUGGACUUUUUGCAGGUCUGCUGGUGUUAAUUCUUGCUGGUUUUCUGAGGUUUUUCCUUCACAGUGAGACUGUGGAGCUGGCAAUUGCUGCUGGAGGAGCCAUCUUGUUCUGUGGUUUUAUCAUCUAUGAUACUCAUUUGUUGAUGCACAAAUUGUCACCUGAAGAACACAUCCUGGCUUCAAUCAAUCUUUAUCUCGACAUCAUUAAUCUUUUUCUGCAUAUUCUCCGUUUGCUACAAGCUGCCAACCAGAAAUAAAGAAAAAUUGCAUUUUAAA